AUGUGGAUUACAUUAUAUGACAUUGUCGUAGUCUUCUUUGGUUUGGUGCUAGACACUUUUUUUCGUGAAAUAAAAUCACGAGGGUCUCAUAAAAUUCCAGACAAAGGACCUCUCAUUUUUGUUGCUGCACCACAUGCAAAUCAAUUUGUUGAUCCGCUCAUUCUGAUGAGGAAUAGUAAGCGACCUAUUUCCUUUUUGAUCGCGGAAAAAUCUAUGAAACGCAAAUAUAUUGGUGGUAUUGCUCGUUCUCUUCAUGCAAUAUCCGUCACAAGACCUCAAGAUUUAGCAGUGCCUGGAAAAGGAAGAAUUUAUUUAAGUGACCGUAAAAAUGAACCCCUUCUAAUUAGCGGUUUUGAUACGAAAUUUACUGAGGAAUUGAAUAUCGGCAGUCAAAUUUCCUUACCAAAUGAUCGUGGUUCAUCCGAGGUAACCGAUAUAAUAUCAGAUACUAAAUUGAAAAUUAAAAAAGAAUUUAAGGACUUAGAAGCGAUGGAAAUGUUGUCGCAACCUGAAGGAACAACUUACAAAUGUUUACCACACAUUGAUCAAAGUAAAGUUUAUAAAACAGUGUUUGAAGUGUUAAAUGCUGGAGGUUGUGUUGGAAUAUUUCCUGAAGGUGGAAGCCACGAUCGAACUGAAAUCCUCCCAUUGAAAGCGGGAGUAACUAUUAUGGCUUUGGGUGCUAUGGCUGCUAACCCUAAACUUGAUGUCAAGAUUGUACCAUGUGGCUUGAAUUAUUUUCAUGCCCACCAAUUUCGUUCUCGUGCUGUUGUUGAAUUUGGUUCACCUAUUUCGAUUUCACGUGAAUUGGUCGAAAAAUAUAGCAAGGGUGGCCAAGAUAAAAGGAACGCUUGUAGUAAUUUGUUGGAAGUAAUUUAUAAUGGAUUAAAAUCUGUGACCGUUAAUACUCCGGAUUAUGAGACAUUGAUGGUCAUCCAAGCAGCUCGCCGUUUAUAUAGACCUGAACAUCACAAACUUGAGCUUCCUGAAGUGAUGGAAUUAAACAGACGAUUUGUUAGCGGUUAUAUGAAUUUCAAAGAUGAUCCAAAGGUUCAAAAAAUGAAUAAGGAGGUCAUGGCAUAUAAUCAACAAUUAAAAUAUUAUGGAUUAAAAGAUCAUCAGGUUCAAAAAUCUACCUGUGGUGGAUUUAGAGCUUUAUUCUUACUACUACAUCGAAUUUUUCUUUUGAUAUUAUGGAGUAUUUUAGGGUUUCCUGGGAUGAUAUUAGGAUUUCCUAUAAUGGUUAUCGCUCGAUUUAUUAGUUCCAAGAAAGCAAAAGAGGCUGUUAAAUCUUCUACUAUCAAGGUUGCAGGACGUGAUGUAUUGGCCACUUGGAAGUUACUUGUUGCUCUUGGUGUUACCCCAAUUUUAUAUGGAAUAUAUACUUUAAUAAUAUUAAUUAGUGCUUAUAAUUAUAACUGGAGAUUUAUAUUGAAUUUCGAAAUAUUGUCGCUUCGUCCUCUGUUUCUAUCACUUCUACCUUGGUCUAAAUCAUCAAUUCAAAGCCUACGACAAAUUAGAGAGGAACUAGCAUUCGAUUUGACAGAACUAAUUAACGAACUAGGUCCAAAAUUAUAUCCAGAUUUUGAUAAUGCACGUAUAGUUCAAGAGUCUAAAAAGGCCAGUAGAUCACCAUCACCAUCGAGGCCAUCAUCAUCGUUGAGAUUAUUCGCAUUGACAGAUUUGGCGGAUGAUAAAUUAUUUAAUUGGGAAAAGGCUGAUGAUUCGGAUUACGAUGAUGUAUUUUUCUUCCUUGACAAGCAUAAUGGUGGUAAAAUUACUGGACGUAGUAGAUCUAAUUCUUCUAGUAGGAAAUUUCUAAGUGGCAAAGAUGGAACUAGUAGCAGUGCAUCAUUAACUAGAGUGAAUUCAUUUAGUUCGAUCAAUUCAAAUAUGGAAGCGUUUACAAAAUUACCAAAUACAAAUACAAAUACAAUAUCAUCGUUUAACGUUCCAGAACUUAGAAUUACUGAUGAUGAUGGAUAUCAAGGAGACAAAGAAAGUUCAAUACAAACAAAGAAGAACGUUUAA